UCCUCUCGCGGAUGUUUCCGGAUGCAGGGUGCUAAUGCGCAUGCGUGGCCUCUUGCGAAUCUGAGGCGCUCAGCUUCCAGCCGCUCAUUGAGCGCCACCCGGAGCAACAGGCGAAGAGGACAAUGCCCACCGCGGUGUUGAAGAAACAAAGUCCGAAUGGGAUGUUGACUGUGUAUCUCAGCCGGAGAGAGCUCAUUGUCGAAGAAGGGGGUAAUGUGAGACCCAUAGAUGGCGUCGUCCUCUUAACGGCUGAAUCUUCGAGGAUAGAAUCAUGUAAAAUAUUCGCUCUUGUGGUGCUAACUUUCCGUUAUGGAAGGGAGGAUGAAGAGGUCAUGGGUCUCAAGUUUUACACGGAGGCUAUUCUACACUAUGAACAGGUUCAUCCGUGCGGUGAACGCCGAAGGCCGCUAACUGCUCUUCAGCAACACCUUCUCAAGAAACUCGGGCCAGACGCCCAUGCGCUGACCGUUUGUGUUACUGGUCACGCACCUCAUUCUGUGGGCCUAAAGCCAGCCCGUACUUACGGAGGCAGUCCUCUAGGUGUCACUUACGAUCUCAAGGUCUUUCCGG